ACUGUUUACGUUAUUUUGCAACUAUCCGGCCCGAUCCUGACCGAAGGAUACCUGGCAUUCCUAGGACUGAUGUCAAAUUACCAAAAGUCCCUCGUUGUACGGCGGGGCGAGCCCGAUAUGUAUAAAGCAGCAAAGGGAUUGCAACAUCUGCGAAGUGUGAAAAUCUCACACGACUACGACGCAGCUUGUGUUCUCUUCCUGGGCCAGACUAUGUACGUGUUCAAUGUACUCACGGCACCAUACUCCAGUACCGCCCACUCUAUCGUUCGGAGCUCCUCUCAUCUCGGCCAAACCAUGGUUUCCCAGAUUGAUUACAACGCCCAUCAUGGACACAAUAACCAUGUCACCGAUUUUGGUCAACACGUGCAUCGUGAGAUCCCUAUAAUACGACUCGAUCCUCAGCGUCGCGUCAUCGUCGACCGCUAUCUCGGUCUUUGUGCAACACUUCUCCCUCAUUUCUAUGACAUCUGCGAGUGUAGCAAUGUCUUGAAGAUAGAAGCUCCUGCUAUCGGAUCUGAAUCAUACUCGGCCAUUCAUGACCGACUGGAUGGAAUAGAGGAAACAAUCCGACGUUGGCGACCCCAAACCCCUACUGGGUUGUUCAACAGCUACGGCCAGAAUGCGGUUUCAUCAAUGGUCACACAAGCAAAUGUGUAUCGUUUGGCAGGUUUAUUGAUCAUCCACCGGCUCCGAUAUCCGCUAGGAGUCGAAGACGAGGCAGGGGGAAACUUGCAACUAGAAUAUUUUCUGAAUUGGCAUUCUUUGCCAAGUCGGCGGUCAAUUUAA